AUGUCAGUAGGUCAACGCACAGUGCGUGCGGGGCGGGGCGUGUCAGUGAGGACGGGCGCGGGGGGUGCGAGGAGGGGGGGCGCAGGUCGCUCGGGCGUUGCACCGCUGCAUCCAGUGCAGGCUCUACGGACGCCGGCUCGGCUACGUAGCGCCUACACUGCACACCUUCUAUGUUCCGUAGAGGUUAGAGGGAAGAGGCCUUUUAAGAUAUGGGACAGUUCGAGGAAUGUACGGAAGGGGCUGGUGGUGACCAGCUUCGAGGAGCUCAUACAUAGAGGUAAGGAGAAGCUAUCAGUAGCGGCGAGCGAGCCCGUGAGGCUGGUGCUGGAGAGUGACGGCACUCAGGUGGAAGACGGAGAGUACUGGAGGACGCUCCCUCCCAACACUGUGCUGCUGCUGCUGAGGCAGGGGGAGAGAUGGUAUCCUACAGGGGUCGACGUCAUCAAGGCUGCGAUAUCGGCGAUCCCCAAGAUUGUGUGCGAGACGAUACACGCGCUCGAGUUACACGAUGAGACGCCUUCGUGGAAGAUCAUGGACAACAAGGGGCGUGUCACGGUGGUGCUGCACUGGGACCAGCGGCCCCAGGCCUCGCCCGCCGCGCGCUCGCCCUCCCGCCAGGUCAAGCCGGACCGCAGGCCCUCGCUCGUGAUCCAGACGUCUCUGGAGCGCCCGCAGCCGCCGCCGCCCCACAUCACGGUCGUCAACCACGACGAGCCCGGCCCGGCGCGAGCUCGGCUCUCCCGCGCCUCCUCCUCUCUCGACCACCACGUUCACACGGCGGAGUGUCGCGCCGCACCGCCGUCCCACGCCCCUCAUCAGCACCCUCCGCACGCACCGCACCGCCCGCCUACCGACGAAUGCGAUUUCCACUGUUGUGCGCUGCACGAGGAGGGGCGGCGUAUCGCGGUCCACAAGAGCGUGGCCACCUCCCCCAUCCAGGACUCUCAGCCUCGCGCCUCUCCCCAGGGAAGGCCGAAGGGUCACGUUCGGUUUCUGGACGCGGAGUCGGCGCGGCGCGGGGACCGGGACUCGUCCGAGAGCGAGACGGAGAACACACUCGUCGAGGACGAGGCCGUCACUUCGGAGAAGUUUCUGCUCCUCAUCGACCAACUGAGCGUCGACCAGAAGCGACACCUCACCAUCAAAGACAUCGGCAUCAUAUUGGAGCGGUUGAGCUCGAAGAUCCUCGACGUGGAGCGCCUGGACCGCGAGUCAGAGUCCGACGACUGUUACAACUGGACGAUAAAGGCCACCAUCAGGGGCGACGCGCUGCGGGAGCUGGGCGUCAUCUACAACGGGAACUACUACGCCAUCAGCGAGCACCCGGGCUACCGGGAGGAGAACGAGGAGGCCGGGGACGAGGGCGAGGAGGAGGAGGAGGAGGACAGGCUCUGA